AUGCUUGCUACUGAGAAGGCUGAAGCAGAGAAAAGUGCGCAAAGAAUCCGAGCUGCUGAUGAAUCAUACUCCAAAUACAGUUCUGGACUGGCAACGGCAUCUCAACAUCAAGCCGUUAUCGAUGGGCUAAAGGAAAGUAUGAUGGAAUUCUGCUCUCACAACCCUGGAAUAUCAGCCAAAGAUGUGAUGGACAUGAUCUUGCUAACUCACUACUUUGACACCGUCGGUGCAUCACCUAAAUCGAUGUCUGAUAAGUUAAUCCGACAUGGACCUGCAGGGGCUCUCAAGGAUGUCGUAGCCCAGAUCCGAAGAGAUGCAUGCGGUGAUUCGAGUUAA